AUGAAAGAGGAAAACGAAGAUAUGGAACUCGCUAGAUCGCAAUCUCUUGACGCCGAGGAUGAGUGCUUGCUUGACAGCGAUGACGAGAUCCAACGCCGACAGCAACAUAGUAUUGUCCGACCAAUUUUAGCUCGGCUCGCUACCGCCAGUUUCGUCCUCACGGCUUGUUUAAUGGUGGCAUUUGCGUACUACCUCGGCUACUCACACGGCAGAGGAAUAUAUCCGCGCCUUCCUACUCAUGCUAUUACUAAAGAUGCUGCUCGGUUACAUCUCCAGCUCCUCGACGACGAGUUCGAGGUCCGCAAGCCAGAGAAUAGGAUAUAUAAGGGCGAACCGCGCCCGGAGCUUAACAAUGCCUGGUCUGACUUACUCCGUGGCUUAAAUUUCCGUGUCUCACAGCAAGUUGCAACGGAGGUGGGGUUCGAUUCUUUGGAGUUGGGUGACGGCAGCGGCGACAGAUGGGCGACUAUGGCUGUAAAGCAUAAUUUACACUGUCUUAAACGAAUCCGCGAAUCAUUGUGGCCAGAGCAGUAUCCGGAGAGCUGGGAGCUUGCACGGCCAAUCGAUGGCAAGAUUAAUCCACAUAUGGAUCAUUGUAUCGACAACCUCCGGCAAGCUCUUAUGUGCAAUGCAGACAUGACCCUAUAUCGCUAUCAUUGGCGGAAUGACACUCUCAAACCGAAGCCGACCGUUAUGAGCCCUCAUAUCUGCCUUGACUGGAAGCGGCUGCAAGACUGGCUGGAUGUGCACGAGUUUGACAUCUACGGUCGCAAUAUGCUCGUUCAUCCAACGCUGGGACGAGUGCACCCGAGUCUGUGGGUGGCAAAUCAUAAUGUAUAA